UAGCAACCCCAUCCCGACACAUUAAUGUCAGGUCAUUCAAUGUGCGGCCAAUGUAAACAAAAGAUAUGGCCGAGUCGCUGGCAAAAUCAGGCAUAUAUUUUAAUGAAAUUGAUAAAAUAUGUAUUUUGGAUCCAGAAGUGUCCAAACAGACUCACGAUUUGAAAGACGAGUGCCAGGUGUAUACAGAAAAGACGGAGGAGUUUCAAAAAUUGGCAGGAAAAUUCAUUACGCUGCUAGAACAACUAUCUGAAAGCGUUGAAAAGCAGAAAAUUCGAGCUAUAGGCGCGAGAAAUAUUUUGCACCAUAUGGAAAAGACUAAGGAAAAUAGCCAUCAUCAGCUGCAGGCGUUGAUAGCAGAAAAAUCCAUUGAACUGGAGAGAUUGAAAAUUCAACUAAAUUCCUUACAUCGGACAGAAAUGGAACAAAAUGAAAUAAUAAAUAAGUUGACACAUUGCUGAAAA